AUGCAUGCUGGGGCGGGCCGCGCCCUGAGCUCGCGAAGUGAGCGAAAAUGGAGCGGGCGAGAUGGCCGACGCUCCAGCCUUUGGGAAUCUUGCUGCUCCACUGCUCCAGUCAAAUUGGGCACGCUCCGCACCUCGCUCCGCACCUCGCUCCGCACCUCGCUCCGCACCUCGCUCCGCACCUCGCUCCGCACCAGCUCCGCACCUCGCUCCGCACCUCGCUCCGCACCACGCUCCGCACCUCGCUCCGCACCUCGCUCCGCACCUCGCUCCGCACCACGCUCCGCACCUCGCUCCGCACCUCGCUCCGCACCUCGCUCCGCUCACAUACGCUGCUCAACAGGCAGCAUCCGCUCCAGUGUUGGCCCACGGGAGGAUGCCAUGGAGGUCGAGCAGUCUGUCCAUAGGAAAGGAGAGGUGAAAAGUGACGACUCUGGGACUACGGAUGAAAAGUAUCCUUGUCCACCUCCAAAAAGGGCAGCCACAGGGCAACCACAGGUGUCGGCAAAAGAGAGACUUAAAAUCUAUUUCCACGCAAUCAUCUCAAAGGACUUCGAUCUUGACCAGAAUGAGGACCGCCUUUUCGUAUGGGCAGGCGAGGAAACGGGGAGUUGGGAAUCCAACGCAGUUGAGCUAUCCGUGACGAAGGAUCUGGGAGAGCAUGGAUUCUUAGUCGAAGGAAUCCUGGUCACUGACAAAUCUGUGUCCAUACCAUACCAGUAUCUCGUCUACAGUUCCAAAAAGGCAAAGUACAAGUAUGAGUACAUAGAUUCAACACACCCCACCCGAAGGAGAUGUCUUUCUGUAAAGUCCAAUGAGGAAGGGGCCUGGCAUCAGUACGAUGACAUUAUCUGUGCCUCACCAACCAAGGAUGUGUCCAAAAGAAUAAUCCAAGGCAGAGAAAUCGCAGGGAAGAUAAUGCUUCAGACUAUUUUUGAACUCCUUCACAGCUGGAAUGACAUUCAACUCAACAGUUUCAUGAAACGACUGAUUCAGUUUCAUCAGAUUUACAGGAAACCCUCAUUGUACGAAGGCACAAACAAGAACAUGAGAAAAAAAGAAAAGAAAAAUUCCAAUGUUCAAAAGCUGCUGAAACGGUUCAUGCUGGAGAGUGUGGUUCCUCAGCUCCUGAAGAAGGGAGAUGGAAAGAGUCCCAUUAUUCAGGACCAUAUGAGGGCUGCUGUGAUCGUGCUGUAUGUGUGUAAACAUUAUGAUAUCCAACUAGAGAAAGCAGAAAUCGCUGGUCUAUGCUUUGCUCUCUGCCUACCCAACCUGCCCAAAGACGAGUUCCUGCACUAUUGGACAGAAUUUACACAGCCCGUCUUACUUCUCAGCAAAUUGCCAGACCUGUUGGUGAAACUGAUAGACAAUGCGAAGGAGGAAGGGAUUCUAGUGAUUCCCAUGCUCCAUCUCCUCAAAGGUUCCUCAAAACCCUUUGAACCAAUCCCCGUCACAAUCACAUCAAGUUGCGAGACUUGGGCAGGUCUGCAAAAUAUCAAAGUGACCAACAGCAGAACAAUGUUGAAUCUCAUUAAAGCCAAUGGACAUUUAGUGGAGAUGGACAGACUAGCGGCCCGUUCCUGGAUGUGUCUACUGACCGUAGAGGAUCUGGUAGAAUACAGCUCCAUCAUCAAAGUUGAGCUCCUGGACAUUCUUCAUGUUUUUACUAUGAAAGCUCCUGUGAGUGUAUCCACCAGCAACAACGGGGUGAGCUAA